AUGUCUGAUAUCGGGGUCAUGCGUCUGUCCCAGCUACUAUCGGCGGUAUCCUAUUCCCUGGAGACGCUCACACUUAACCAUUACGGAGUGAGACGUUUCACUCUUCCGUCCAUCUUACUCCCGAUGCUGAAAGAGCUGAACAUCCAUGGCGACCACUUCGGCUACAUGGACGAGGAGAUCGCCGUAUUCGCCAAGCUCACCAGACUGAAUUUCGAAGGGUGGAUGCUCUGUACCUUGCCGAGUGCCGAGAUAGCUUUUAGGUUCCUCCACACUUUCUCAACUAACGCGCCCUUGCUGGCGGAUCUUGUGGCCUCUUCCAGCUCCGUUUUUGCUUGGUGGACACACGCUUUGCCCUCGUUGGUGUCUGAUCCUUCUGCUCCUUCCAGCACGGCUGAACUAUUUCCUAUGCUUCGGAGCUUCUUCGUCCAGCUGGAACCACUGACCCCUUUGAAGGGUCUAGCGGACGAAGAUCUCGAGCUUUAUCGGAAGCAUGAGAGAGCUCGGGCUGCACAGAGUUUGCCCACUGAACGGCACGCCAUCAAAUUUGGUAUCCUUGAUCCUCCACCCCAUGACUUGGAAAUGCGCGAACUACAAACGUCAGACCCUCCUUUACUCCCUGAGAUCGCCGUCCGCCUACAUUGGCGCCCCGACCCCGACGCUUCUUCUUCAUCAUCCCUCAUCCUCACUCUUGCUGAGCGUAGGCUGCACGCAGUGUACGAGAAGCGCGGGUUCGCGGCAUGGACGAAUGAGGCGCUGAGGGAGAUCAAGGUAGCACGGGUGGAGCGGGUGAAGUGCUGA